AUGAGCGACAUCCUGGAGGGAUUUGUCUCCGCUCAACUCCUCCAGGAUCUGGAGAUGAGCGACGACGACGACGGCCGUGCCGAGGAUCCGGGACCGACGACCGGACCCGAUGGCACCAGACCGCCGGAAAAGUCGGGGCCGACCACCUGCCCCGACACUAGCAACCGCCGGCCGGUACCCCGAGUGGGUACCUACAUCCAGCGGGGUGACGCGGAGACCCAACGACGGGCCAGGUUCCUCGCGACGCCACCACCACCAAGGCAGCCGCGGUCACGGUACCGACAGCGACCGACAGCUGUGCCCCGACGACCGGCGCCCGCCCCGGCCCACAAGACCAUCGACCGGGGGGAGUCGAGCCGAGCCGUGCUGGCCAAGGCCGCAGCCACUCCACCGACUGCCCACGGGCCACCCGCCCGACGACCCUGUCCGCCAAGGCCCGCGCCCGCCAGCAGCCAGCCGCCGAUCCCACCGAGGCCGGUCACGUGCCACGCCGUCACCAUCGGCCAUGGAACACGCGCCCAACCACCACCCACCAGGGCGCCACCGGUACCUACGCACCGCGAGGCCGGAGCAGUGAAAGUGCCUCUGCCGCGCGGGGGGGCGGUGCUGGUGCCGUACUCGGCGGUGUUCCGGAACCGGAGAUACCGGGCCGAGAAUGCGCAGGGACGGUGGCUGAUCCGUUUCGACCACCAGGGUGGCAUCCGGACGGUGAAGAAGUUGCCGGCCAGAGGGGACACGAGUGCGUAG